AUGGCUGCUAUGGAGGAGCUGGAGAUCCACAGCAAGUCCUACUUUGUCCGCUGGGUCAAUGUGAAACCCGACCAUACCAUUUCCUGGAGCAUCCAGCCGCACAAAAAGUCCAUCAACUUCGGCAUCUUCAAGCAUCCGGGCCACUCCGGGAUUCUCAGUUUGACGAAUCAUCCGACCGGCGACGACCACAGUACCGACUCGAACGAGAAUCUACCGUCCACCGCAGUUGUCAAUGCCAAUUCUCGGGCUUCCGUCGUCGAGAAGUUGACGGGGAUCGGUCUCAGGCAGGUCCAGUGGAUUGGCAAGUGUGAGGCAGACAAGAUCGUCAAGGGUACCUACGAUGUACCGCCUAACGAGGGGGGGAACUACGCGCUCGUCUUCGACAACACCUUCUCCAAGCAGAUCUCCAAGACGGUCACUCUGGUGCUGCUCACGUAUCCCACGCAAUCGGGCCCGACGAGUCACUCUACAAUCCAGUUACCAAGAGAGAUCGACAAUGCCGAGUCGUCUUCUGGGUUUUCGGGCCGCAAGCGAGGGAACAGCAUCCUCAUCAAGCCGCCCUCGCAGGUCGCUAGUACCACUACCGCGACGUCCCAUAGUGGUAUCCUGCACAAGCGGCGGAGGAAGCGUCAUCAGGGCUGGGCCCGGCGGUUCUUCUCGUUAGAUUUCACCUCAUCAACUCUUUCCUACUAUCAUGACCGCAACUCGUCUGCGCUGCGUGGUUCGAUUCCUCUCUCUUUGGCAGCGGUCGCGUGUAAUGAGAAGUCGCGCGAAAUCUCCAUCGAUUCAGGUACUGAGAUCUGGCACUUGCGCGCAAGCAACGAUCAGGACUUCGUCGCGUGGAAACGGGCGCUGGAAAAGGCCUCGUCCAAGGCAUCGGCCGAGGACGCUCACGCGUCGGAGGUGCUGCUUCGUGUGCCAUCGCAGCGCUUUCUGACCAAUGCCGCGGAGGAGCGUGAGUGGACCCAGGUGGAGCACCUGGUGAGCAAGGUAUCGGGAUCCCGUGAUGCAGUGCGUCGACUGGCCCGGGAUACGGAUCCAAAAUACUUGAACAAUAGCUCCGUUGUGUCUUCGCAUGACCGGACUCGCGGUCGCUCGCCCAGUCCUCAUCGAGAACAGGCCAAUGGGGAAGACUACUUCGACGCGCGCGAGCGCCGUCCGUUCUGGAGACGCAAGGCCAGUUCCAACUCGAACUUGGGGACCAAGCGCCCCGCGGCGACGGGUUCCUCGGCUACGCAAUUGGUGGUCCCAUCGCCUGGAGCAGAUGUGGCCUCGCUCGCUGGCGAUCGGAAACCAAGUAGUAUCACCAGCCAUCCAGAUCAGAUAGAGGAUAUUCAUGACCAUCUGAUGGCUCUCCUCCAAGACCUGGACUCUGUGGUCGGCGAAUUUUCAAACUUGAUCGUGGAGAGCAAGCAUCGGCGGCACCCUCCGGGGCUGACUGGCCAGUCUCGGCUCAGCAUGGAAUCCGAAAUGUCGCAGGAGUUCUUUGACGCCGUGGAUGGAGGCAGCCCUAUGUCUCCAUUGCUGACCCUCACGGGCGACAGCGACGACGAACGAGCGGAUACGGUUGCCGCCCGAAAGGCCGAGGAGGAAGACGUGGCCGAUGAUGCACCUUCAGAUAGUGACGAAGAGGUGGCCGAACCUCUCACGCCUCAUGGUGGGGAGAAGGACCGUCUCUCACCCUUGUUCCCAUUGCGACCCAAGUCGCUCACGCCGCUACCUCUCAGCCGCGUAUCGCGUCGCACCAAUAUCACCGCACCCACAGUCAUGCCGCCUAGUCUGAUUGGCUUCCUUCGUAAGAACGUGGGUAAAGAUCUAUCGCAGAUUUCCAUGCCCGUGUCCUCUAAUGAGCCGUUGUCACUCCUGCAACGAGCAGCCGAGGUCUUGGAAUAUUCUACGCUUCUGGACCAGGCCGCGAGUGCUAGCGAUGCAGUGGAACGGCUCAUGUAUGUGACAGCGUUUGCGCUCUCUUCCCUGUCAAGCAAUCGGGUCCGGGAGCGCGCCAUCCGAAAGCCCUUCAACCCCAUGCUCGGGGAAACCUACGAACUUGUUCGAGAGGACCUAGGGUUCCGUUUUAUUGCGGAGAAAGUCUCGCACCGCCCUGUGCAGCUGGCAUAUCAGGCCGACAGCAAGGACUGGAGUCUUGCCCAAUCGCCCAUGCCGACGCAGAAAUUCUGGGGCAAGUCCGCGGAGAUCAUCACAGAAGGGAAAACCCGAUUGACUCUACAUACGACCGGCGAGCACUUCAGCUGGGCUCCCGCCUCGUCGUUUCUCCGCAACAUCAUUGCGGGCGAGAAGUACGUGGAACCAGUCGGCGAAAUGACGGUGGUGAACGAAACGACGGGCCAUAAGAGCGUGUCGACCUUCAAAGCCGGCGGCAUGUUCUCCGGUCGCAGCGAAGAAGUCCUCACCAAAGUGGUGGAUUCAUACAACAAGGAGCUGCCCCUCGGCUUGUCGGGCACCUGGACCUCCUCCCUGCAGCUCACCAAGAACGGCUCCGCCACGGGCAACAUGGUAUGGAAGGCCGGACCCUUGGUCCCCAACGCGCCCAAACACUACGGGCUGACGGCGUUCGCGGCGACGCUGAACGAGAUCACGCCCAUCGAGGAUAAGAAACUGCCUGCGACGGACUCGCGCCUGCGGCCGGACCAGCGGGCGCUGGAAGACGGCGACGUGGAUCGCGCGGAGGAGGUGAAAGUGCAGCUGGAGGAGGGCCAGCGGGCGCGGCGGCGGGAGAUGGAAGCGGCGGGCGAGAUGUGGACGCCGCGGUGGUUCAAGCCGGUGGAUGGCGACAUGGGCGUGGCGGACGACGAGGAAGUCUGGGCCUUGAAGUCCGGCAAGGACGGAUACUGGGAGGAGCGCGCCAGGGGGACGUGGACGGGCGUGUCUCCUGUCUUUGAGCCAUAA